AUGGAACAAGCAUACCCAAAGAAGACAGUAACCAUCGUGGACAGUGACAUUGUUUGCGAUAUUAGCAAUCAGUCAGAAUUCAAAAAUCUUUUGGCUGCCGAAAGUGCAAAGUACUUGAAGGAUGCCAAGACCAACAAAUGCAUCUUUGGCUUUCAAUCCUUGUUGGAUGGUGGCGAAUACAAGAUAGUGGGCCUUCCUGGCUUUCGAGACAUUAGUGUCCCAAACACUCACAAGGAAGACGCCGUAACCUCUCCUGUCACGUCCUUUGAUUCUUUCUCCCUGGGUCAUCCAUCCGCUGCGAGCAAUCAUGACUCUCAAACUCUUCCCGAACCCAAGAAGACGAAACAUCGGUUUGGAUUUGGACAAGCCUUGAAGAAGGACAGGGAAUACAAAAUGAGACGACUUUGCAAACGAUUGCAAAAGGCUUCCACCUCCCAUACACAAGGCAAUGCUUUUUAUACCCAGGGGAAGUACGACCAGGCCUUGGAUUCUUAUCAAGAGGCGCUUCAAAUUCGGGUGGAAAUUCUUGGGAAGAGCAAUCAAAGUGUUGCUGAUUUGUACAACAACAUUGGCAAUGUUCUUUCUGAUCUUUCUGACAAAUCAGAGGAAGCACUGAAAAUGUACGAAGAAGCCCUGACAAUUCGACUAGAAAUUUUUGGAGACAAACAUCCAGACGUUGCCACGGCAUUCUAUCUCAUGGCGAGCGUCAAGCAAGGCAAGGGUGAUCACGACGAAGCAAUGCUGCUAUACGAAGAAGCAUUAGCAAUUCAGGUAGAGUGUCUCGGGAGAAAUCACGAAGACGUAGCCGACACUUGCAAUGCCAUGGGUAGUGUCAUGAUGGAUCAAUCACGGUGGGAAGCGGCGCUUCCAUAUCUUAAGAAGGCACUGGAGAUUCGACAAGAAAACUUUGGAAGCAGCCAUCCUGACGUUGCCACUACCAUAAUGGAGAUUGGAAGUGUCCUGAACCACCAAGGAAGGCGUAAGGAGGCUUUGAAAUUGUUCCAAGAAGGGCUUUCUAUUCAAGUAGACUGCUUGGGCGAUAGUCAUCUCGAUUUGGCAAAGACCUAUGACACACUCGGAAAUAUCCUUGAUGACGACGGUAAAUGGGAUGAAUCUUUGAAAGCGUUCCGAAAGGCAAUGGCCAUACGAUUGAAGACUCUUGAUAGCCGGCACCCCGAUAUAGCUGGCUGUCAGCAAAACAUCGGUGUCGUGUUGAAUAAUAUGGGGAACUCAGCAGAGGCACUGGAGAUGCACCGUCGGUCGCUUUCGGUCCGACUUGAGUCUCUAGGUAAUGAUCAUUUGGAUGUAAGCGCCACAUAUUGCAAUAUUGGAGACAUCUUGCACGCACAAGGCUCAUCGGACGAAUCUAUGGAAGUAUAUCAGAAGGCUUUGACGAUACGAUUGGGUCGUAUUGGCAACAAUCAUGUGUCCUGUGCAGAUGUUUACGCCCGAAUGGGCGCACUGUUGCAAGGUCAGCAGAAGCCUGAAGAAGCCUUAGAAAACUACAAUGCCGCAGUUUCGAUUCAAGAGCGAGCACUUGGCAAGAACCACUUGGACAAUGCCGCUUUAUACGAAAGCAUGGGGCAAAUCCAUACGAGCCUAGGUCAACAUGAGAAGGCAAUGCAAAUUUAUCAACAUGUGCUGGCGAUUCGUUUGGAAGCUCUCGGCAAUGGCCACGAAGACACAGCGGAUGCGUAUUACGCCUUAGGUACUGUUUUUUUGGCUUUAUGUGCCCAUGAGAAAGCAGUUAUCAAUCUGCAACAGGCUCUGGCUAUUCGGUUGCAAGUAUUCGGAGAUCGACACAAGUUAGUUGCUGAUACAACAUAUCGAAUGGGCGUUGUCUUGAAUAAUCAAAACAAGCACGACGAAGCAAUUGACAUGUACAAGCGAUCACUAUCGAUUCGGUUGGAGAUUCUUGGAGAGAAGCAUCCCGACGUGGCAAAAGUGUACAACAACAUGGGAGUAGUCUUACACAACAAAGGAAAUAAUGUUAGGGCGAUGAUGAUGUGUAUUAGAGCGCUGAGAAUUCGAUUGGAAACUCUUGGACCAAACCAUCCAGCAGUUGCCAUAUCAUACAACAAUAUGGGAUCUGUGCUGGAGGGACAGGGUCGGGAAGUAGAAGCUAUGAAGAUGUUCGAGCAAGCGCGUUCCAUUCAAUUGAGAGUCGGAGACAAUCAUCCAGGUUUGGCAACGACUUAUGAUAACAUUGGUAAUGUCUUGCACUCCCAGGGAAAGUCUGACGAAGCUAUUAGGAUGUUUGGCAAAGCACUCACGGUUUUGCUGCAAACUCGCGACCGUCACCAUCCCGACAUCAUCACAACUUUCGAUAAUUUGGCAAUCGUAAUGCUUCAUCAAGGAAGAAAUCAUGAGGCACUGGAUAACUUUCAGAAGGCACUUGAGAGUAGGCUACAAUGCGUCGGGGGCGGUCAUCCAGACACAGCCCAAUCGUACAAUAACAUUGGCCAAGUCUUGUUUCACCAAGGAAAGCACGAAGAAGCAAUGAAAGCACAUAAGAAGGCACUUGUGAUUCGACAGACUGCCUUCGGUAAUGACCACUUAGAUGUGGCCCAUUCCUACAACAACAUUGGAAUUGUUCUUCAUGCAAUGGAUAUGUACACAGAGGCGCUAGAUAUGUACAAAAAAGCACAGAGGAUUCGACAAAAAGCUCUUGGGAACGAACAUCCAUCAGUUGCCGACGUUCUGAAUAAUAUGGGAGGCGCCUUGGAUGAUGUCGGUGAUAGGGAAGAGGCGCGUAUAAUCCAUCAACAAGCUUUAACAAUUCGGUUGAAGGCUUUUGGAACUAAUCAUCCUGACGUUGCCCAGAGCUAUCGUAAUCUCGGGGCUGUUCAUUUCAAGCAAGGUGAAUAUGACGCAGCCACAAAACUUUUUAACGACGCACUGGCUAUUCAAUGA